CAGUCCCCCCACACACAUGCAUAUGCACACUUGCAUGCCAACACAGCCCAUGCUUGCUGAGCUGGCUCCAGGGGCCAUGAGGCUGUCACUACCACUACUACUGCCACUGCUGGGGGCCUGGGCGAUCCCAGGGGGCCUUGGGGACAGAGCUCCGCUCACGGCCACUGCCCCACAGUUGGACGAUGAAGAGAUAUACUCGGUUCAUAUGCCUACUCACCUGCGUUGUGAUGCCUGCAGGGCCGUGGCCUACCAGAUGUGGCAACAUCUGGCAGAGGCCGAGGCCAAGCUUCAUACCCCAGAGUCUGGGAGGCGGCGAGAGCUGAGUGAGUCAGUGUAUACAGAUGUCCUGGAUCGAAGCUGCUCCCAGAGCUGGCAGGGCUACGGGGUCCGAGAGGUGAACCAGGUGAAACGCCUCACAGGCCCAGGGCUCAGCAAGGGGCCAGAGCCAAGCAUCAGCGUGAUGGUCACAGGGGGCCCCUGGCCCAUCAGGCUCUCCAAGACGUGUCUGCACUAUCUGGGGGAGUUUGGAGAAGACCAGAUCUAUGAAGCCCACCACCAAGGCCAUGCGGCUCUGGAGGCGUUGCUGUGUGGGGGUUCCCGGGGCGCCUGCUUGGAGGAGGCAUCCAUCACAAGGGAAGAGCUCUAGUCUGACUCCUGCUUCCCAGUAUCAUCAGCCCUAGAAGCUGGGGCUUUCCUCUGUAAUCAUCCCCAUUCCCUUCUGCAGGCUGGUCCUGAGGGCAGGGAGGCCUUGCCUUGCACUGCCACUGUCUCUCCCUCCUCCAGCCUUGAGGCACUGGGGUCUGGGUGGGGGCCAAGGUCUUCUCCUCUGGAUUCCAAUAAAACCCAGUGACCUUGACUCCUUCUCUCAGCAAAGGGUGCUUGGAGGGCUGAGAGGGCAGACAUAGGUGUUUCUGCUAAUGCUCCUCCUGGAAAGGGCCAAAUAUACGCCUACGACUUCCCAGAGGUGAGAGAGCUCUACCAUGGUAGGGAAUGGGCAGCAACAAAGGCACAGGGACCCAGUUACAUGCACAGCGUAACCCCAGGUCUUCAGCUCUAUCAUCACAGAAAAGACCAACCAAGGGAAUCUAUACAGGCAGGCCACUUUGUGGACACACCUACUGUGGCCACUCCAUGCUCUGUGCCCAGAAGGCUCACGGGGCAAUGGCCAGGGACUGCUCACUUUCAAGACUCUGCUGCCUCUGACCCCAGUGGCAUGAUUGAGUCCCUGCCUGGGACAGGGCGGGGUGGGCUUCCUAGGACUAGCUGGAUUCAACAUCUUGGCUCCAAGUCCAGCUCUCCUCAGUACCUCCUCUGGUCUGGGGCCCUUUCCUUGAGAACAGACCCGUGAUCCCUUACCUGGAUCUGUGAACUUGGGGUGAGCCCUGGUCCUGCACCUGAAUCUGGGAACCUGGGGUCAAGUGGGGUGACAAUUUUCAGUUUCAUUUGUGAGCGUUUCUGUUCCUACCGGAGCCCUGGGAGGUGACCAGAACAGAGACUCUAAUCCCCAUUUGACGGACACAGAAACCAGGGCUUAGACACCACAAGAGCUCAGGCUAAGUCCCAG